AUGACCAAGAACAUAAGGGAAAUCUCAGUCGCUGUUUGUCCAUUAGGAUUUCGUAGGAAAGAGUUCCGGGGAAAGCUGGCCAUCGCCAUUACUGCAAAUUUCAUCAACCGUAACACCACAGCAGAGGCCAAGGUGGAGGAGAUCAGCGGCGUGGCCUUUAUUUUCAACCAGAGGUUCUUCCAGGAGCUGCGUAGUGCCACCGGUAUUGACCUGGAGAACAUCGUCUACUAUAAGGAUGACACUCAUUACUUUGUCAUGACGGCUAAGAAGCAGAGUCUGCUGGAGAAAGGAGUCAUACUGCAUGAUUAUGCAGACACAGAGGUUUUGCUCUCCAGGGACAACGUAGACCAGAAUGCAUUGCUGGCGUAUGCACGGGAGGCAGCGGAUUUCUCCACCAAUCACCAGCUGCCGACUCUUGACUUUGCCAUGAACCACUACGGGCAGCCGGAUGUGGCUAUGUUCGACUUCACGUGCAUGUACGCGACGGAAAACGCGGCCCUCGUACGGCAGCGCAGGGGACAUCGGCUGCUGGUGGCGUUGGUGGGAGACAGUCUGCUGGAGCCGUUCUGGCCGAUGGGGACAGGCAUUGCGCGUGGUUUCCUGGCUGCUAUGGACACGGCGUGGAUGGUUCGGAGUUGGGGAAUGAGGCUUGAACCUUUAGACGUGUUGGCUGAGAGGGAGAGUGUGUAUCGGCUGCUUCCUCAGACCACACCAGAGAACGUCAGUAAGAACUACAGUCAGUACAGCCUGGACCCUGGCACACGCUACCCAAACCUCAACACACAGGCUAUUAAUGCAUCUCAGGUCUGCCACCUCAUAGACACAGAUGAAGGGCCACUAUUGGGAGUCGUCAUAGGACCUUCUCCAUCAUCGAGACUUCCACACCAAGACUCCACAGCUCGUUCGAGUAAGCUGCUGAGUUGGUGCCAAGAGCAGACGCAGAGCUACAGGAGUGUGUGCGUGACGGACCUCACCACAUCCUGGAAGAGCGGCCUGGCACUCUGCGCUCUUCUACACAGAUACAGACCUGACCUCAUUGAUUUCGACUCUCUGGAUGAGAGCGAGGCUGAACUGAACAACCAGUUGGCCCUGGACGUAGCUGAGAGGGAGUUGGGGAUCUCGCCCAUCAUGACAGGCCAGGAGAUGAGUGAGCUGGACGAGAGCGACUCGCUCUGCAUGGUCAUGUACCUCAGCCAGCUUCACGAUCUCCUCAAAGACACAGCGCCACCCAGUGAGAGUCUGAGUGCUGAGGAGAGAGCAGCUUUGAUGUCUAGUACCAAGUCUCCACUGUCUUUACUCAACAAGCUUGGACAGAGUUUGUCCCGUAAACGUAACCCCAAGGAUAAGAAAGAGAAGGCUGCUGAUGGAGUUGGAAAGAGAAGAAGGACAAGUCAAGCUGGACAGUCGGAUGACGAAGAGGUUUCACCAGAUCGGCAUGAGGACCACGUCCCAGCAGUGAGCCCUGGAUCAGAAUCGAGCAUGGCAACAGUUGCCGGUGGCAACCAAAGCCGAGUCAAAUCAAUGGCAUCCCGGCUGUUGGCCAAGUUUGAAGAAAAUGCCUCCCCACCUUCAGUCACUGCGAUACGGAGACAGAAGUACAUUAAGAUGUACACAGGGGGAGUGAGCUCGUUGGCUGAGCAGAUAGCCAAUCAGCUGCAGAGUCAGCAACACGAACCCAAAGCCCUUCUUGACAAAAAGGAGCUGGGUUCUCGGCAGAGAGAGUUCCCAGUCAAUAUCGGCGGCAGUGAUGUGUGUUAUUUCUGCUCCCGGCGCGUCUAUGUGAUGGAAAGACUGAGUGCUGAGGGCAAGUUCUUCCACAGGAGCUGCUUCCAGUGUGCCCACUGCAGCUCUACACUACGCCUCUCCAACUACGCCUAUGAUGAGCUCCAAGGGAAGUUUUAUUGCAAGCAGCACUACGGAUACAGGAUGGCGGGAAUGGCUCAGAGGAAGAGACCAGCUCCAAUCACAGUUCCUCCUCACUCUACACAGGCACCUCCUGCGCCUCCUCCCACUCCUCUGUCGCUCUCCUCCUCUGGAACAGUAGACGUGGUCCCUCCCCCUGACAGUGUCUCCUCCAGCACUCCUCCAGACACUCUGAGCGGACUGGCUAAGCGGCUGUGUGGAACUCCGGAGCGUAUCGCACUGGAAAACUACAGGCCGUGCUUGCAGGAGGAGGACGGCCCUCUGCUGGAGGUGCCAGAGGAGACACUAGCUCAGCACAACCUCAGCCUGAGCCUGCAGGAGAAAGGGAGCGAGGAGCAGUCCAGUAGUUCAGAGUCAGAGCUGGAGGAAGAGGGGGAGGAGCCUUGGAGGAGGGGGGCGGAGCCACAGGAAAGGGCAGAUAGAGAGACAGAGUUAGACAGUGGGUCGGACCGAAGAAAGGAAGAAGAGAACGUAAUAGAUGAGAAGGAGGGAGAAGAACAAGAAGAUGUUUCUGAAGGAGAAGAGGAUGAAGGGGAGUCUAGUGAUGAGGGCGAAUACUGCCCUUGGGAAAAGGAGUUGCAUUUAGGGGUGUGGCUAAAAGAAGAGGAGGCAGGUGGGAUUAAAGAUUCUGGUGAGGAACACUCUGAUGACUCGGAAGUAACAACUCUUUCAGCCAUAAAGACUGAAUCAAGUGUCUCUGGGCCACUGGAGCCACUUCCCAUCGUAGACCCUACACACACCUACACACCCACAUCCAACCCUCCUGUGACACCAAGGGACCAGGCAGCCAAGAGAUCUGGGGUAAUUGAGGAAUUCUGGCUGAAGAGUGCAGAAAUCAGGAAGAGUUUGGGGCACUCAGUGACCUGUGAUCCAACCACCCAAUCCUUGAGCAAUGGAGAUACAUUUUACUCCUCUACACCCUCAAUAUCUGUUUCUAACUUGCCUUCACACACUCCCUAUGAGAGUGACUCAAUCAACCAAACCUCAGGUACACUAACUCAGAGUGCUGGCCCUCACAGCACACAGACGCCUUCUACGACUGACCUACAAAGUGCAUACACACAUUUCCAAUGUGGCAGCUCACACCCUCCAGAAGCAAGGAUUGAGAAUGUGUCUGUGAAGGAGAGGAAUAAACUAGAGGACGUAGUGGACCAUUCUUCAAUGGCCCACAGACUUGGCAUCACUUUGGAGGGUCAAGUAGCAGAAGAGGGAAGAGGCUUGACCACUAUCUCCUCCUCUAACACCAGUGGAACCCAAAGAGUUUCAGCCCCAGAUUUGAGAUUUUUGCCUCUUCCUAGGAGUCCUCCAGUAGCAAGGCAGAAGCUUGACUUGAAUCGCUCAGAUCCAACUCUAAACAGGGAAAUCUUGUUGAGUUCCCACACUGUCCCUCUUCGGACCGACCUUGUACAGCAUGAUAGGCUGAAAUCUCACCUGAAUAGAGCUCAGAGUCUACCUCCUACUGGGGUGGAGGUCUUAUAUGCAGGAGAUGCAGAUGAAUUGCAUCCUUCCCCUGCUAUGCCCUACUACGCCAGCGUCACAGAAGUUCCUAUGUCGAGUCUCCCAACCAACACCCCUGGGAAGGACAAGAGUGCCCAGGACGGAAAGAGAGCACUAUCAGAGGUCAUCUUGCGAGUCGGUGGGGCUGAGGCCUGGCAACGAAGGUCAGAGAUCGAGCCAUUGGAGGAGGAGAAGGUGAAGAAGCGAAGCUCACUAUUCUCACCAAGGAAGAACCGAAAAAGUGGCAACCUGUCAGGGGAAACACAGCAGGAUUUGGGAAAACACAAAUCCCUGUGGAAGAGUGUCUUCUCUGGGUAUAAGAAAGAGAAGAAGAGGAAAGAGGCAGAAGGUUAUUCCAGGACUCUUCCGAGCACUACCAGCCUGGAAAGCAGGAAGAGAAUGCCUGGCUUUCGCAGAACCUCAGACCUGAGCUCAAUGAAGGAUCUGAGCUUCUCUGAAGAAACAGACCUGUGCUGUAGUGUUGUGCUGGACAGAUCUCCACUUAGAGCUCAGAAAGCAGGAACCGAGGAGGAACUUGACGCCAAGCUGACCCGCAGAGUACAAAGAGCUGCACGCAGGCAGGCCAAGCAGGAGGAGCUGAAAAGGCUGCAUCGUGCACAGAUAAUCCAGCGGCAGUUGGAGCAGGUGGAAAUGAAGCAGAGGCAGUUGGAAGAGAAGGGUAUUGCUGUAGAGAAGGCCCUCAGAGGAGAAGCGGACUACUGGGAGGACUCUAGUGCCUCAGACCUUCUGGACAUACACCUGGGUGGAAUGGGGAAGAAGGAUGACCCCAGCCUAAUGCACCAGUGGUUUAAACUGGUCCAGGAGAAGAACGCACUGGUGCGCUACGAAUCUGAGCUGAUGAUAUUUGCUCGAGAACUGGAGCUGGAGGACAGGCAGAGUCAUCUUCAGCAGGAGCUGAGGGAACGCAUGGCAGUGGACGACCAUCUGAAGGACGAGGAGGAGCUGGCAGAGGAGAGGCGAAUCCUGGGCGAGAUGCUGGACGUUGUAGAGCAGAGGGACGCUCUAGUGGUUCUCCUGGAGGAGCAGAGACUGAAGGAGAGAGAGGAGGACAGCGACCUGGAGGCAGCCAUGCUGUCUAAGGGCUUCAGCCUGCACUGGGCUUAAAACACACACACACACACACACACACACACACACACCCCUUCUCUGUGUAGAAUAAAGAAGGGGGAGGUGGUCACUGAAUACUGGAUGCAGGAAUUCAAUUAAACUACAUUUGGACCUACACGCAAACAUGUAUUUCUACUGUACCAUAUUUGCUUUGGCCCGCAAGUGUGACGUAAUUUAAAAUAUUGUAUAUUAUCAGAUGCUUGGGCAAUGUAUAUACAGUAUGUAUAUAUUUGCAAAGAGAGACAAAGUUUAAAGAAACUUGUCUUAUAAACAGUAUUAUGCUAACUGCACUAUGAUAAUAUGCAUAUGUACACCUUAAAUGCUGCAUUAGCUUCUUUUUAUUAUUAUUAUAGUUUUAUUAUAUUUACUUAAUACAGAAGAGAAAUGCAGAGAUUUUUUAAGCGUAUUGCCUGAUUAUAUUUUUGUUGAUUGACAGAUUGUUAGAAGAUGCGAGACGAUGCGAGAACAAACAGCCACGUGUAUAUCUUAUUUAUAACAGUAUUUUAUUGUUUAACCGGACUUGUUUUGCUAGCUUUCAUGUCAAACUAACACCAAAAAGGAAGCAUCAUUGAAGCGUCUGCUGUCUGUAAGAAUGUUUAAUUUUCCUGAAUUAAACUGAUCACAAUAAUUUAUACACUUUCAGAACGAUGCACUUGUGAGAUGAAUUUUUGAACGUUCACGCACAACGUUUGGGACCAUGAUCAUGGGCAUCUAUAUUUUGUUAUGACUAGCAAUGAGUUUAAUACAUUUAAAGAGAAGCUCUAAUGAAUGUCAUGAAUUUUACAAUGUAGCAUAACGUAUUUUGACGUUAAACAAAAGUCAUAUUCAUAAUAUUAUUAGCGUAUUUUAUUUGGGGGUUAGCCAACCUGCACCCUGACCUCACUUUUUUUGUUUAUUUAAUGCAUAUUACUCAUAAUAAACCCCUCCCAAAAACACUAUGUAACACACACUAUGUAAUCAAGAAUAUUUCCAGUACAUAUAGUAUGAGUAUGACAUACUACUCGGCCUGGAUUUUCAAAUAUGAUGACCGAGCUGUCUUUGUGGUGUACUUCAUCCCACACUUUUAAAACAAAUAAAUAAAUAGAAACAAAAAUAAAAUCAGCCAUAAAUGCAACAGCAGCACCCAGAUCUCAUCCAGUCCAUCUGUAGAUGAGAAAUUCAAAAUAUUAAUGUAUUUUCCUUUGUGUUUGAUUAAUAUUUGUUUUAAUUUAAUGAUUGGCUAAUACAUUUUGUCUUAGUAUUUUCCUUAAAUGUCUGGGAAAAGAAAAUCACUUUGAUUCUGUAAUUCAGGCUGCAAUUUAAAUCACAGGUUUAUAAUUGUUCUAAUACAUUAUCGUUUCUUUAACUCAUUCUCAGGGACUCUAUGCUGCACAUAAUCUAAGUUUAAUAAUAAACCGAUCUGUUGUUGUUUUACAACAUAUAAUCUAUGAUAUGGUGACGUUUUGUUUUUUUUGUAAUGAAGUAGUCUCCAGUGUCAGAAGGUUUUUCACUAUGGUUAAGUCUUAAGGACAGGUGAUUUAGUCCUUUUUUGUUUUCUCGGUAACAUGACAAGGUGCGUUCCCCUGCAGUAUUCAGGUGUAAUUUUGGCCCAUUCUUCUAAACAUGUUGUCUUUAAGUCUUGUUCAAUUAGAUUCAAGUCAGGUGACUGACUGGGCCAUUCUAACACCUUGAUUUUUUUUCUCUGAAACCAA